GUGCUGCUUUGCGGCAUUUUCUCGCUGGCCGAGCCACUCAGUUUAGUUGCAGCUCGCUUGACUGUUGAAUGUGUCGAUCGCACGCAGGCGAACCGAAAAAGAUUGUUUAAGUGAAAAAUUGGAUGGACAGUGUCUAUAAUUGAGCCUGGAGUGAUUUUUGAUGAACACAGCAUCCUCGAGUGCAAACGCCUGAACGUGUUUGAGUGACUCUCAAAAUAUCUUUCUCGUAGCUGUGAGUGUGCUUGUGUUAUCCUGCGAGACGAGUGCGCGCGCAGAAAUUCUGAAAGAAGCGACAGAAAAGAGUGGCCAAUAAUAACAGAAAAUUGAGUACAAAAGUCACAAAUAUUUACUCACCAACGCUUACGACCCUUCCUCUCUAAGGAGCUAACAUAACGGCAAGCGUAACAAGACAUCAGCUUUUCAGCAAUUUGCCAAUAGCUAGAACCACGCACUGAUUUCUGCAGCCCAAGUCGCCCAGGACAGCAGAAAUGAAUCUCGUAAUAACAUCCUCAUCCUCUCUGGUGCUGCUCCAGUUUGCUCUCCUCGCCCUGUCCCUGUUGCCGAGUUUGAUUUAUGGCCACGCCCACCCAGGCAAUGGUAGAAAGCAUGCGGCAGCGCUGGCGCAGCUUACGGGUGGCGCCCACUUGGUAAUGGAGACCCAGUCCGGUGAUGUGUUGGUGCGUGCAGCACGGGGCGCUGGCUCAGCCGAGCUGACGCCCACUUCAGUGGAUAAUGCUGCAACGGGCCAUAAGCGUGUGAAAAACAAUAAUAAGAAAUCGAAUAAAUCGUCAGAUCAUGUGCAGCAUGCGGGCGGCCGCAAAUCGGGAUAUAAGAAACAGCCCGGCGAUGGCGCACAGCCACAAGCACACCAACAACACCACCAGCAACAGCAGCAGACGCAUCAGCAGGGCCACAAAGCCAACAAGCGGCAAAUGCUUAAGCAACAACAGCACCAACCAGGACACCAUGCCCAUCAUCAGAACGCAAGCAAAAGGACGGGCGGUCAAAAGGCCAAGCAAUCGGAAAAUGCAUCCACCUGUCGCUAUGCGAAGAGCGCCUGGUCGGACUGCGAUGCCAAAACAAAUCUGCGCACGCGCACUCUGACUCUGAAGAAGGGCGAGUCCAAUUGCCUGCCCACACGGACCAUGCAAAAGAAGUGCAAGAAAGCCUGUCGCUAUGAGAAGGGAGCUUGGUCGGAGUGCAAGGCUGGCCAAAUGACACGUGAGGACAAACUAAAGGUCUCGGACGCCACCAACAACAACAACGAGCAGAGCUGCGAACCCAUCCGUAUCACUAACAGAAAAUGCAAUCCUGGCAGCGCCGGCAACAAGCAAGGUGGUAAUGGUGGUCGCUCUAAGGACCGUAAACACAAGGAGAAGGGCUCGCGUCGCGUUACGCCACAGGCCUGAGGCUCUUCGUGAUUCACAAACCCACGCACAGUGCUUGCCAAACAGUGCGACAACAAAAAGUAUUUAAGUAAAAUAUAAAGCAACCACAGCCACAAAAACAACACACACAAACAACCAGAACCACAAUUUUAGUAUUAAUUUUAGAAUUGUUUUUUCAAGCUCAAAAGUAAAUAUCGUCGAAGUUUUGUAAGAUCCGAUAUGGGAAAAU